AUGGUGUUUCCAAUUGCAUCAAAAUCAUCAUCAACCGGCGGCGAAUGUUCUUCAUUCUUAAACUUCGGAAGAAGACGAUUCAGAGGACGAGAAGAGAGACGAUUUGGAGGAGGAUUACGCAAAGAGAAUACUCCUACAUAUAAUAACACUACCACCACUCAUCUGCAAAAGCGCGGGUUUGUUCUUGCGAGUACGAAUGGUAUAAACAACAACAACGAGCAGUUAAAGUUGUUCUCGGUAAGCAGAGAGGAAGGAGAAGGAGUUGAUAAUACUAAUAAUAGCAAUAUAAGAAUACAUCCUCUGAUUUUGAAAAACUUACGGACGCGGUUAUCCAUCGCAGAGCCGACGGAGUGUCAAUCCGCCGCGAUCCCUUUGCUUGCGGAAAACUUGGACGUCGUCAUCGCCGCCGAAACCGGGAGCGGGAAGACGUAUUCCUACGCCAUUCCAAUCGUCUCAAAUAUCUUGAAAAGGAAAGAAAUCGAACGGAGAGAGGAAGUCUCGGCGCUGAUUUUGUGCCCGAACGCGCACUUGUGCGACCAGGUGAAAAAAGCCAUCGAUAUUUUAACGCUUCCGGACGAUUCAGAAGACGAUUCAGAGAAAAAGUCGAUAGUGAGAACAGUUGCUUUAACUCCCGAUCGAGGUUUGCCUUCUUCGUUCCCGGACAUCAUCGUCUGCACGCCCGCGCGAGCCGAACAGGACGUCUUUGACUGGCGAGAAGGGAGCUGGAGGAAAGGCGCGUUUACGCCGUACGUGAAAUUUAUACGGACGGUUGUUUUAGACGAAGCAGAUAUGCUGUUGGGUGGAGGAUACGCGAGGAAAGUGCGGAACUGCUUCGACGUUUUGUUUCGAGAGGAAAAGCUCGCCGCCACGCGAGGAUUUUAUAAAACGUUCGAGGACGAAAGCGAAAUAAAUGUCAAGACGACGACGGGAGAAUGGAACAACGAUUUAGAGAGAGAUACGGAAGCGUCCAUGGAGCAAAAUUGGAGGAAAGAUCACGAUUUUGAGGAAGAAGAAGAAGAAGAAGACAAAGAAGAGGACGAAGAUUCAGACGACGACGAUGAAAACGCACAACAACACGAAUACGAGUACGAACGAAAAGAACAACAGAAAAAAAAGAAGAAGAAACCGAAAGCGCGUCUCGGCGGCAAAGGCAAAAUGGGCAAAGGCACCAAUCGCGAGUUUCGCAGACAAUACGUCUUCGCCGCGGCGACGGUCAUGUCCACGGGCAAACGAACACCCGGAGCGGUUCUAAAAUUCGGUUUCCCAGACGCCGUGUGGACGAAAAGCUCGAGUUUACACAAACCGAGAGCGGAGUUGACGCAAACGUGGAGAGAGGUUUCGUUGGAGACUCGAGCGAAGGCUUUAUUUGACGCGUUAGACAUGGAUCCGAAAACCGCGCAGGUGGAAAAGACGUUGGUAUUUGUCAACAGCGGUAGCGUCUGCGAAGCAAUAUCCAACGAACUCGCAAACUUUGGCGCUAAAGCCGCAUCAUUUCACAGCGAUAUCGACCCGCUCGAACGCGAGUCCCGUUUACGACGCUUCGCGUCGCAAGACAUCGACGUUCUCGUCGCCACGGACUCCGUCUCUCGAGGCGUCGACAUACCAAACGUCAAACACGUCGUCCAAGCUGAAUUCGCCCAAAACGCCACGGAAUACCUCCACCGAGUCGGCCGUACCGCUCGCGCCGGUAAACUCGGGCGAGCGACGAACAUUUUACUCCCGGGAGACUUUGAUUUAGCCAACGCCAUACGCAAAGCCGAACUGGAAAAUCGAUCGGUCGAGGAUACGUUCUCCAGGAAAAGAAGUUUUAGAAACAAGUUUAAAAAAUACGGCGAAAGUAGGAAAAGAGCUGCUUAA